UACUCAAAGGAAAUCAGCACAGUUUUAAUUCAAUUUCGAUUUCGUUUUCAAUUUCGUGUUCAAUCUGGCUGAUCAAGCGGGAGAGUGCGUGCAACCGUUUGCAAUGUUGGGCACAGCGCUGCUUGGCAAACGGGCCACAAAGCCCGUUAAAAAGAAACCCUUCACAGACGUUGAAAUAAGCGAUCUGCGCACCGCAUUCGAUCUAUUAGACAGAAACCGAGAUGGACGCGUUACGGCAAAUGAAUUGCAGUUUAUGCUCAAGAAUCUGGGCAUUAAUGUGCGUGAUGAAAUUAUACAUGAUCUCAUACGUGAGGCAAGCCAUUCAGGCAACGGCUUAAUCAACGAGGCCGAGUUUCUGCAGUGGGUGGGCAGAAUCCAGGCGCUGCGAGACGAACAGCAGCAACAGCACGAUGACAGCACCAGCAAUGCCAGCAAACCCGUCGACGAGGCCGACGACGUAACCGAGGAUCUAAUAGCUGCAUUUAGAGUAUUUGAUCGUGAUGGCAACGGGUUUAUCACACGAGAUGAACUGCAGACGGCAAUGGAAAUGAUUGGGGAGCCCUUGAAUGAGCAGCAGGUGGAGCAGCUGCUCGCUAUUGCCGACUUGGAUCAGGAUGGCCGCAUUAAUUACGAGGAGUUUACGAGACUUUUGCUGUAAGCGACGAACGUAACGCAAUUUCGUUUGGAUGGGGCAAAAGCUUAACAAAUGAAACUUAAUUAUACUCAGUCGGAAUUCAUGAAUGUUUUAUACAAAACAAGAAAAAGCAAAACAAA